AUGAAGGGAGACAUUCAAGACGUCAAAGACUUGAUCGCACUGGGUGCUUCUGUUAAUAUACGGGAUUAUGCAGGGUGGACUCCACUCCAUGAGGCAGUGCAGAGAAACAAGUAUGACAUGACAGAAAGUUUACUUGAAGCUGGAGCCGAAGUAAACUGCAGAGCAGAUAAUGGAAUUACACCUUUACAUGAUGCCAUUCGGUAUCAGUAUUACAAGAUUGUAGAUCUACUUCUGAAGUAUGAUGCUGAUCCAUUAUCAAAGUGUGACAGAGGGAUGACUCCUAUGGACAUGACCACAGAAAGAUCUAUGUACAUACUGGUGGAGAAAUAUCUGCAGAAGACUAAAAGUGAUCCAGAUAAAAAUACACCCAGCACCACUGAUUCUGCAGUUAAUCCAAGUAUGAGCCAAAAAAACAUGCAGAACUCCAUCAAAGACACAAGAACUCCUCUUGAGAAAUCAACAGGAACUGCUGAUACAAGUGAGCAUGAAAGCAGCCCUCAGUCUGGUGAAGCUGAACCCAUUCCUGGUCCAAGCAGUGGACAACCAAGCUUGGAACCAUCACCUCAGACUAGCACCGAUAGGGCCUUUGUGAGGAACCAAGAGCAGGACUUCUGUAGCAAGGGUCCCUCACUGGUUCAAGAUCAGGAGAGCGAGGGAUCAGACACCUCAAGCUGCCUAGACAGUGAUGUUACAGUGGAUUAUAUCUAA